AUGUUUUUCAUUAAUAAAUUAUUUUUGUAUAAACAUGAAUUAGCAUGUUUUUUCAAUAAAGUAAUCACUAGAAGUCAUAAUACAGGUGUGUAUUCAUCUAAUAUAAGCAGAAUAUUUAAUCAUAUAAACAAUAAAUUAAAAAAUGAAAAGGAAAGUAAAAAUGCUAAUAAUUUUUUACCUGUAUAUAGACAAUAUGAAAAUGUUAUAUCAAAUAUAAAUUAUAAUAAAAUGUUAGGAAGAGAUUUAUCAUAUUGUAUGAAUAUAUUGUCAAAAAUAGAAUAUUUUAGGAAAAAUGAAUUUUGGUUAAAAUGUUGUAACAAAUUAAUUAAAGGAAACAUGAUUCAUCGUAUUAAUGUACAAAGUUAUUACUUAACUGCUAAUUCUUUAAGUAAAGUUUGUGUAUUAAAUAAUAUAGAUUUAAAAAUAGAUAGUACAAAAAAUACAUAUAAUGAAAAAAAAAAUGAGACAAAAAAAUUAGAGAUUUUACCUUUUACAUGUAUUUUAUUUGAUGGUUAUAUAAAAUUUAAAAAAAUAAAUAAUAAUUUCUAUCAUAAAAUAUAUGAUGAAAUAGCUAUUAGAUUUCUUCUUGAUAUAGAGAAUAUGAACUUAGAUAGUAUUAGUUGCACAUUAAAUUUAUUUUCCAAGUUAAAUUUAGACGAUUAUAAUAUUUUAUCUUAUUAUUUUGCUGAUUAUUUUGUGCUUACAAAAUUAGGAAAUAAUAAUAAUUAUGAUAUUAAUAGUUCUUUCAUGAAUAAAGAUAUAAAUUCUUCAACGAAAUUCAAUAAGUAUUUUGUAAAAAAACAAAAAACAAAUUUUUUUAUUGUAGAUAAAAGUAAUAUUUCAAAAUUAGCUAUUAUUUUGCAUUCAUUAGCCAAAUCAAAUACUAUUCAUUUAGAAUUUUUUUUCUAUUGUAUUGAGUAUUUUGAAAAAUAUUUUAAUUAUUUAAAUAACAUUGACAUUUGUAAUAUAUUAUAUAGCUUCUCUAAAAAUAACCAUAUGAACAAAAAAUAUAAUAAAUUAUCAUUAUUAAAAAGAAUAAAAGAUACAAAAUUUGAAUGUUAUUUAAACUGCAUUAUACAAAGGAUAUCCUUUUAUAAAAAAUUUUAUAUUGAGGAAAAUGAAACAACUACUUUUGAAAACGUAUAUUCCUUUUUAAAAAAUGAUUAUUCUUUAAUAAACUUAAAUAAUGAAAAAUACGAAAAAAAAUGUUUGAAUUUAUUAUUGAAGUUAAUAAAUUAUUUACAAAAUGAAAAUAUUUUAAAUAAAAUCAGUUCUAUACAAAUCUCUUCUUUAGCACUUUCAAUAGCGAAAAUAAAGUUAAAUUCUUUAGAUAUUUUUUACGCUUUUAACUAUAAAGUACAUUAUCUGUGGAAGCAUUUUUCAUUAUAUAGCAUUGCUGAUUUUUUAUAUGCAAUAAAUGAAAAAAAUAUAAAUGAUGAACAAGCAUCUCUGUUAUUAUAUUAUCAAUUUAUCAAGAUAAUUCAUAAAAGUUAUAUGAAUUCUUUAAGAAAUGAUUCAUUUUUAAAUAAAAAUAUAAAUUGCAUAAAAAAAAAUGCCCGAGGUAUUUAUUUUAUAGAAAAUCCAUAUAAAAAAAUUCAUUUUUUAAGCGAAAAAGAAUGUUCGCUAGUUGUCAGAAUAUUCCAGUCAUUUUCUAAAUCGGAUUUAAUGAAUAAAUUUACUUUUCUUGAUAAUUAUGUUGAUGAUUACUUUCCUUAUAAUAUUGAAAGAAUACUUGAAACAAUUUCUAAAGAUGAAAAGGAUGAAAUUGAAAAAGAGAAAGAAACAUACAAUAAUAAAAAUAACGAUUUAAAUAUUUCUUCUGGUGAAUAUUUAAGGAAUCUCCAAAAUGAAAGUAAAAAUUCUGAAAAUAAUUUUUGGUUAAAACUAAAUUCUUAUCCAAGUAGUUUGUUUCCUAUUUUUAAUAAUUUUGAUAGAAACUCUAAUUUGCUUAAAUUAUAUACCUUAAGCACUUUUUAUUUUUGCAUAAAUCAACAUUUUGACUUGAUAAAUUUUGAAAAUAAAUGUUUAUUAUGUUAUUUUUCUUUAAAUAUACUUCAUUUUAUAUGCCCAUUACCACUUAAUCAAACAAAAGAGGAACUCAGAGAUUUAUUCAUUAAAAAUGAUGAUAAAGAGGAAACAAAUAAUAAAUUUUUUUUUAUUUAUAAAAAAAAAAUAAAUGAUUUAAGUCUUAGUAUAUCUUUUUCAGCUAAUUUAUUGUUUCAUAUAUUACAUAUCAUGAAACUUGAAACACUUAGUGAAAUAUGUAUUAGACAAAUUUACACAUGCCUUUUAUGUUUGUAUUUAAAUAUCAUCAAUGUUUUUGGGAUAUCAAAAAAUCAUUUAAAAAAUUUAAAAGAAAAUAUACUGUUAUGUAAUUAUAUAAAUUUGGAAAAUACUUCCAAACAAAAUUUUAGAUAUUUGAAUUAUUAUAUGGAUAAUUCUGAUUUAGAUGAAUUACAAAAUUUGAAAAAUAAUAUUGUAAAUAAAAAUAUUACAAUGGUUUCAUCCAAUAAUAAUAUUAUUUUGUAUUUAUUUUCAUUGGAAAUUCUUAAGAAAAUUAAUAAAUUUUUGGAUUAUGCAAAAACAAUGAAUUAUCAACAAAAUGAAAUGACUUUAACAUCAAGAACACACAAUGAAGUAAAUAACUGUUUAAUACAAGUAAUAAAAGAUGUAAAUCAUAAACAUAAAAAAAACAUAAAGUACACUUCUGAAGUUAUUGUUGGUCCUUUUGUAUUAGAUUGUGUUAUUGAAACUUAA